GCGUCAGGACGGCCACCGCAACGUCGGGCGCGGAGCUGGGCCAGCCCAGACAGCUGUCGCGCGCUCCGUAGCCCGAACCGCCGGUCGGCGCCCGUUCCCUUCGCCCUUCGCCCCUCGCCACGUCCGGUCCGCCGCGGCUCGGCGCUGGCGCGUUAUGCUACGGUCGGCGCGUCCUGCGCGGCCCGGCUGAGCCUCGGAGCGGCGGCGGUCGGGGCUGGGGGUCACCAUGCCUACCCGAGUGUGUUGCUGCUGCUCCGCUUUGCGGCCUCGCUACAAGCGCCUGGUGGACAACAUAUUCCCUGAAGACCCAAAAGAUGGCCUUGUUAAAGCCGAUAUGGAGAAACUGACAUUUUACGCAGUGUCUGCCCCAGAGAAACUGGAUCGAAUCGGUUCUUACCUGGCGGAAAGGUUGAGCCGGGAUGUGGUCAGGCAUCGUUCUGGGUAUGUUUUAAUUGCUAUGGAGGCUUUGGACCAACUUCUUAUGGCCUGCCACUCCCAAAGCAUCAAGCCAUUUGUAGAAAGCUUUCUUCAUAUGGUGGCAAAGCUUCUGGAAUCAGGGGAACCAAAGCUUCAAGUCCUUGGAACAAAUUCCUUUGUCAAAUUUGCAAACAUCGAGGAGGACACACCGUCCUAUCACAGACGUUACGACUUCUUUGUGUCCCGCUUCAGUGCCAUGUGCCAUUCCUGCCACAGCGACCCAGACACACGGACAGAGAUUAGAAUUGCUGGAAUCAGGGGUAUUCAAGGCGUGGUUCGCAAAACAGUUAACGACGAGCUCCGGGCGACAAUUUGGGAACCCCAGCACAUGGAUAAAAUCGUGCCGUCUCUGCUGUUUAACAUGCAGAAGAUAGAGGAGGUCGACAGCCGCAUAGGCCCUCCCGCCUCCCCCUCUGCUGCGGACAAAGAGGAGAAUCCUGCGGUGCUGGCCGAGAACUGUUUCCGCGAGCUGCUGGGUCGCGCGACCUUCGGGAAUAUGAAUAACGCCGUUAGGCCGGUGUUUGCGCAUUUAGAUCAUCACAAACUAUGGGAUCCUAAUGAAUUUGCAGUUCACUGCUUUAAAAUUAUAAUGUAUUCCAUUCAGGCUCAGUAUUCUCACCAUGUGAUCCAGGAGAUUCUCGGGCACCUUGAUGCUCGCAAGAAGGAUCCCCCCCGGGUCCGAGCUGGUAUUAUUCAGGUGCUGCUGGAGGCUGUCGCCAUUGCUGCCAAAGGCUCCAUAGGGCCCACGGUGCUGGAGGUCUUCAACACUCUGCUCAAGCACCUGCGCCUCAGCGUGGACUUGGAAGCCAGCGAUUCACAGGGGGGAUCCGCGGGCGGUGCCGGCUUCAACACGGGUUCCAAAGACAGCGAAGAGAAGAUUGUGCAGAACGCCAUCAUCCAAACCAUAGGGUUUUUUGGCAGCAACCUGCCAGACUACCAGAGGUCGGAAAUCAUGAUGUUCGUCAUGGGGAAGGUGCCGGUCUGGGGGGCCACCACCCACACCCUGGACGUCGGUCAGCUCGGGGAUUUGGGGACCAGGAGGAUUCAGAUCAUGUUGCUGAGAUCUCUGCUGAUGGUCACCUCUGGCUACAAAGCCAAGACGAUUGUUACCGCGCUGCCUGGGUCUUUUCUGGACCCUCUGUUAUCAGCCUCCCUCAUGGAAGACUAUGAGCUGCGACAGUUAGUCUUGGAAGUGAUGCAUAAUCUCAUAGAUCGCCAUGACAACAGGGCGAAGCUUCGAGGGAUCAGAAUAAUACCUGACGUAGCUGACCUGAAGAUCAAAAGAGAAAAAAUUUGUAGACAAGACACAAGUUUCAUGAAAAAGAACGGCCAGCAACUCUACCGACACAUAUAUUUGGGCUGUAAAGAGGAAGACAAUGUUCAGAAAAACUAUGAGUUACUCUACACUUCUCUCGCUCUCAUAACUAUUGAAUUGGCCAACGAAGAAGUGGUUAUUGAUCUCAUUCGAUUAGCCAUUGCUUUGCAGGACAGCGCAAUCACCAACGAGGACAACCUGCCCAUGUUCCACCGCUGCGGGGUCAUGGCACUGGUCGCCGCGUACCUCAACUUUGUGAGCCAGAUGGUCGCCGUCCCCGCUUUCUGCCAGCACGUGACCAAGGUUAUUGAAAUUCGGACUAUGGAAGCCCCUUAUUUUCUGCCAGAGCACAUUUUCAGAGAUAAGUGCAUGCUUCCCAAAUCCUGGGAGAAGCACGACAAAAGUCUGUACUUCCUGGCCAACAAGAUUGCGGAGUCCCUGGGGGGAAGCGGCUACAGCGUGGAGCGGCUGUCGGUGCCCUACGUGCCGCAAGUCACAGAUGAAGAUCGACUUUCUAGAAGAAAAAGCAUUGUGGACACAGUAUCCAUCCAAGUGGACAUCCUACCCAGCAGCAGCCCGUCUGACGACGUGGUUAGUAACACUGAAGAAAUCACCUUUGAAACAUUAAAGAAAGCAAUUGAUACCAAUGGAAUGGAAGAACAGGAAAAGGAAAAGAGGCGUCUGGUCAUUGAGAAAUUCCAGAAAGCACCUUUCGAAGAAAUAGCAGCACAGUGUGAAUCCAAAGCAAAUUUACUUCAUGACAGACUCACUCAAAUUCUGGAGCUCACCAUACGUCCUCCUCCGAGCCCGUCGGGAACACUGACCAUCACUUCUGGGCAUGCCCAGUACCAGUCUGUCCCUGUCUAUGAGAUGAAGUUUCCAGAUCUGUGCGUAUACUGAGUGGCUCAGGGAGACCUCAGCAUAGGAUUUUAGAGCCUAAAAAUCGAGGCCAGGCGGUUUGUUUCCAAGGUUCACUUAGUGCGUAUCAGCGUACUUCUUGAAAAUAACGAUGGAACUUAUCUUUGACCAAAUGCUUGGCAUACCAUAUUAGAAAUUUUGCAUCUGUAUGUGAUUUACAGUACUUCUGAAGGUAGAUUUAUGCCAUGUUAGUUUCUUCUGAACUUCCUGUUGUCUUAAAGUUGAACAUGUAUUGGUCUCAACAUUAUUUCAUUGUUAAACAGUGUAUUUUAAACUUUUCAAAAACACGUAAUUUUUUUUUAAAGUAAGCCUUUGGAGGGUUGAAAGGUCUAAGAAGUGUCUACUGUAUUCCUUAAACAUCUGCAUGACUGCUGAAAGCAGCACUGCUUGGUUUUGGCCAGCUGCAAAAGCAGACACACACAGGUACAGCCCCACAUCAGGUGCUGUGGUGGGUGGCCUUGUAGGCGUUUGCCGCGGUGGUGCCUGGUGGACAUUCCUCAGCUUGUUUACGGCAGUGCAUUGCAUUGAGAAUACUCACAGAGUGGGACCCCAGUGUCACGUGCCUGUAAUUCCGUAUCUUCUGCCGAGAUCUGGUCCUUCGACCUGAGAGACUGUGAGCUUGCGCUGGGGCAGCGGGCCGUGCAGCACUGUUUACGUCCUCCGGUGUGCGGUUUACUGACUGUGCUUUGGAACUAGAGUCCUGUGUCGCUUUCGCUCCAUUAGUUCAAUGAGCUGUCUAUUUAAAGUAGCUACUAGUUCACCUGUGAAGAGUAUACAUUUUGAUUUUUAUUAAGAGCACGUUAAUUUACACUUUUAUAUAUUGUGCAUUGUCUUAAAUCCUCAUAGUCAGAAAACUACCAAAAUGGACUUUAAAUGUGUUGGAUUUGAACUGUAGCUUGUAUGCAUUUCCGUUGGGGGUUUGUUGCAUGGCAUUUGGAAGGGCGCCCAUGGUCUUCGCAGUCGGGUGUGCUGGGGGCUGGCAGAGGGAGCCCCCAUUGACCGAAGCCGCCGGGCGUACCUGUGCUGACACCCCACCCUGCGUGGACGGACUUGCGGUGUUUUCUUAAAACGAUGUGCACCUUGGUGAGUCCCGUCACGGGUCAGAACAAACAGCUUUCUCUGUAAGUCUUACCACGUUCUCCUCGAGCACUUUUAUAAAAUAACCUGUUCAUAGUUCUUCCUUUUCAGAUUUUAUUUCUUUGUAAUUAAAGAAUAUACCUAGCAAGAAUUGUAGCUCAGAAAGAACAUUCAGUUUUUGGCUUUGGUUUUGGUGUGGAAAAUUGUAGUGAAGCAUAGCACGUUACACCUUUGGGUUGAGGGUUAUGUGGGCACCUGUAGUGGAGACAGAAAAAGGUGACGAAGCAUUCUCAGAAAAUUUUGAAUAUUUAAACCGAAGUGCAGCGUCUUGAAACAACUUGUGAAAGACUUCAGUCCCGUGCGCCUGUCGAGGACACGCAGACACACAUGCUGGGCAUCCAGUAAAUGGCGGGGAGGGAGGCCUUGUCCUCCGAGUCCAGUGCCGUCCCCGCUGGGGUGCGGCCCCAUUGCCACUGUCACUGCAUUUGCCUCUGGACCAGCUAAAGUGUUUCACCAUUUAAUAGACCACAUGUUACGAGCUUUUUUUUAUUUCCCUUUUUUCUGCAUUUUUGAGAAGGAUAUUCAUUUUUGUCUGCAUUUGAAAAAUCAAAGCAGGGAGACAUGCAAAAACAAUCAUCCACGCGGAUGUCGUUUUAUAGAUGAACACUGUGUGCUUUUGUAUGAACAGAUGUAUAGUUUAGUAGUACAAGGAGAGAAGAUAUAUCGUCGUUUGCACUCAUGCAGAACAGACUGUGCUGCGCAGGAGCUCACGUUUCUCUGAUGUCCAGUGCGUGUGCCGCACGUGAAGGGUCGUUUCAACCGCCGUCUCUCACCCCCUCCCCUGGGUCAUCUGCAGACUGUGGGCAGGCGUUCUGUGGUGGGGGGGCAGCAUUGAUCUUAAAUCACAUAGACCUCUGUGCACGGUGAUUCCCAAGCAGUGGGUCGGUCGUUCUUUAGGUUUGUCCCUUCCCUGCAGGGAGUGGGUGCACAUACUGUGUUGUAUCUGGUUUUGAGACUGAAAGUGUAGGAUUUGUUGAAGUUCACUGUGUUGCUAUAUUUUUGUAGAUAUGUAAAAUUCUUAAUAAACUGUUAAAUCACUUUCUUUUUGCGGUAUGCACAUGCUUAUAUCGUUCUGUUUUUUCUGGACACUGAACAUUAACAGUUAAGUGUCCUCCUAUACUGGUGUUGUCUUGGCUCAUAUGGUUUUAUUGUCAGUGGAGUCAGGCUGAACACACACACACACUCACACACACACUCACACACACUUCCUUAAUCCUUCUGAACUCACGCUCUUCUAGAAUAAUGGAACACUUUACCAGCAGUUAAAUUCCACUCCUCAAAGCAUCUCUCGUCUUUUUGUCUGAAACUGAUCUGUGACAAUAUAUGUAAUAAACGUAACAAAGUGAGCUUUUGGAAAUGUGAAAAUUCACUGUGCAAUUCAUAUGUAAGCAAUAAAAAAUCAAAAUAAUUGUGCACAGGUACA